CUAGUCACUAGUGUUCAUCCUCGUCUCCUCGGAAAUGGCUUCGGAGAAGAAAGAAGAGUUCGUCUAUAGAGUGAGCACGGCGGCAGAAUGGGAUGAGUUGCAAGCCAACGGCAACACUCUCGGCGGCGAUCUCGAUCGCCGCACUGGUUGCAUCCAUCUCAGCACUAUCAAUCAGGUGAAGAUGGUUUUGAAGAAUUUUUUUCAUGGGAGGGAGGACUUGUUCUUGCUUCAAGUUGACACUGCUAAGCUUGGGGAUGGACUGAUUUAUGAAGCAGUAGACGAAAACAACUUUUUCCCGCAUUUUUAUGGCCCAUCUCGGAGCUUUAGUCCUCUGUCGCUUGACACCGUGCGCAAGGCCGAGAAACUGCAGCUAGUGAAUGGUGAAUUCAGCUGUAACAUACUGACUGAAUCACUGAACUGAUUCUGCCCUUCAAUAAUUUGUUCUCAUAUUCAGUUUUUU